CCGGUCUUCAUGGGAGGCUUGGGCUCUGCCUCGUCUUUUUCAAAGCACACUCUCACGUCGAAGUUGUAUUGAUCGAACGGAGUCGAAUUGACGGUCUCGUCCGUCGCUGAAGGUCAUUCUUCGUUCUAUUCCGCACCGAACGGGUCCGCCCGGCUCGUGUCUUUAUGGCAAGUAGAUUUGACGACAAGGGGCAAAGGAGGAGGAAGAGCGUCUGAGUGCUAAAACUUCUAGGUAAGUAACUUCCAUGGCGCUUCAAAAGUAAUGCACACGAUGCGAAAUUCAUUCUGUUAUCGUGCCCGUGGUUGUCAAUCAAUGUUCUUCUUCAACACACUCCCUUCGACUUGAGACCGAUGAUUGCUCCGGACCGCGUGAAACUCGGCUGCACUCCACAGACAUGGAUGGCCCCCAGACAGAACUUCUGUGAAUGAUCCCUGUCACCUGUGGAACGCCAGUAUCGUGAAGCGUCCUUCCUUGAGUCGUCUGACCUUGGUGCCAUGUAAGUGACGCAGAUGGGACUGACAGAUCCCCCAACUACUAUGUGGACCACUACCAUCGUCCUUGCACUACUCGUCUUUGCGACCAAUGCUUUCGGCGUACGCCACCCAACUGCGUUACAGGGGCGCAACUCCACUGGCCUUACCGAUGUCAUCACUUGGGAUGGCUCCUCGCUGUCAAUCAUGGGCCAGCGGGUAUUCAUCCUCUCAGCAGAGUUCCAUCCCUGGCGCCUGCCCGGGAAUCCUGAGCUGUGGGCGGACGUCUUCGACAAAAUAAAAUCCAACGGCUUCAACACCGUCUCCUUCUGUGUCCACUGGGGUCAGCAUUAUCCCGCUCCGGAUACGAACAAUGGCCAGGGCGACUUUCAGCAAAAUACUUAUCGCGACAUGGAGCUGUUCAUACAAGAGGCGCAGAAGGCUGGUCUGUGGCUGAUCGCGCGACCUGGGCCGUACACCAACGCCGAAGCGACAGGUGGCGGCCUCCCGGGCUGGGUCGGAAAUAUCGCAGGCUCUCUUCGCACCAACAAUCCGAAUUACACCCAAACUUGGGUACCGUACAUGAAUUCGAUCUCGCAAGUAAUCGCUCGGAAUCAAGUUACUGAAGGCGGCCCCAUCAUUCUUGUUCAGGCUGAGGUCGAUCUUCACCAUGCUUCGAACAUGUCUGAUAUACUCAGUACAUUCCAGAAUGAAUACAGCGCUGGUGCUACGCACGCACCGUAUAUGCAAGCUAUCAUUGACCUCUAUCGAGCAAACGGGAUUGUAAUUCCCAUCACCUUCAAUGAUCAACACAGCGGAGCCAACGGGUCAACACGUUUCAUCUCGAAACUCAUGCAGAUUUCUCUGAAUAUUGUCUGCAGAUACUUCUCACCAGACGCAGGUGGAGAGGGAGCUGUAAACAUAUUCUGUGGUGACACAUAUCCUCAAGGCACAAAUUCAUGGAGUCAAGUUCAAUCUGUCUAUUACUCACUCCACAAAGCUAUUGCACCAUCCAACCCGCUCUGUCUAGCUGAGUUUGGUGGUGGAUACCUUCUCAACUGGGGUGCCUCUGCAUUUGGAGGAACUGGUUAUGAGAAAUUCAGUAUUAGUCCUGGCCUGACCAAUGCAGACUAUGAAAAUGUGUUCUAUAAGGAUGCUAUCGCCCAAACAACUACUAUUCUGAAUAUCUACAUGGUGUAUGGAGGCACCAACUGGGGACAAACUGCAGCACCUGUCAGCUAUACAUCUUAUGACUAUGGUGGAGGCAUCAAUGAAAACCGUAUUGCACUUGUGAAAAUGAAUGAGAUGAGGCUUCAAGGUGCCUUUCUGAGAGUAUCACGUGACCUUUUGGCUGCAACUCUGCUUGGCAAUGGCACAAAUUACACCACCUCAUCUUUAAUUUACACAGCAGAGUUGAGAAAUCUUGACACUGGGGCUGGUUUCUACAUUACUCGGCAGAACAACACCCCGUCCACUGAUCUUGUGACAACCCGGAUUCAAGUUCAAACAUCUAUUGGUGCUUUAUUGGUUCCUCAAGCUGGAAGCAUCACCUUCAAUGGACGUGACAGCAAGAUUAUAGUCACUGACUAUGUUUUUGGAGCUAGUCAGACAACAAUAUUGUAUUCAACUACUGAGUAUGUCUAUUCCAGACUCUGGAUUGAUAAUAAGGACUAUGUCAUCCUUUAUGCUGAAGCAGGCCAGACUGGGGAAACUGCAUUCAUGUUUGGUUCCCAUGCAACACAAAUUAUCCAACCAAACCAUUCUGUAAACUCAAGGAUCCUCAAUGGGUCUCUCAUCUUGGAUUAUACACUAAAUGGGACUGCUUUUAUCCCUAUCAGCAUUGGAACAUCCCAGAUUAUAGUGAUUCUUGUUCAAAAAGAUCUGGCAUACCAAUGGCAUGCUCCACUCAUUGCUGGGAAUGGCAAAUUUGGCAACUACUUCUCUAUUGGAACUAAUUCAACGCUUCUGGUGUCAGGGCCUUAUGUUUUGCGCACUGCCAAUAUCAAUGGGAGAACAUUGUCACUAACUGGUGAUCUAAAUGGAACAACUGCUAUUGAGAUUGUUGCACCUCAGUCUGUUUCUCAAUUUAAAUGGAACAAUGCUGUCAUAUCAACUAUCAAAACACCCCAUGGAUCACAUGUUGGCACAAUUGGAAAAUCAGUGACUCUGUCUCUCCCAGAAUUAGGAAAUUGGAAAGUCUCUGGAGGUCUACCUGAGAUUGAUCUCAACUUUGAUGAUUCUUCAUUCACUGUUGCAAACUUGACCACAACCAAUUAUACAAACUUGCCACCACUUUCUGGAUCUCAAGUCCUGUACUCUCAACAAUAUGGAUUCUAUGGUGGAAACCUUAUCUUCCGAGGGCGUUUCCAGGCUACAGGUCAAGAAACUGCAGUCAACCUGACAGUCAUGUAUGGCUUUGCUGGAGGCUACUCAGCCUGGUUGAAUGGGAUUUUCCUUGGCUCCAGUCAAGGAAAUGCCACUGUCAGCUCCUCCUCUGAUGUUUGGGUAUUUCCCAGUGGUGCAGUCAAAACUGGAAAGACCAAUGUACUGGUUGUUCUGCAAGAUCAUAUGGGCCUCUCUGAAGCAAACACUAAUGGUGCCAAGGAGCCCCGUGGUAUCCGUGGAUAUGUUUUGAUUGGUGGAGAAACCAAGUUCUCAAAUUGGACUCUUCAAGGAAACCUAGGUGGUGCUGCUGGUACACCAGACACCUUCCGUGGUUACCUGAAUGAGGGUGGACUUUAUCCAGAGCGAAUUGGAGCUCAUCUCCCUGAUUUCCCAGACAAACUGUGGCCGUCUGGAUCCCCUCUUACUGGUCUCUUGAAGGCUGGUGUCAAUUUCUACCGCACCACCUUUGAUUUCCCUGUUCCUGAUGGUGUUGACGCUCCUAUACGCCUGUCUAUACUUCAAAGCAGUGCAGCAACACCCACCAAUUUCCGCCUGCAAAUAUACCUCAAUGGCUGGCAGGUUGGCAAAUAUAUCAAUAGCAUUGGUCCACAAACCAUUUUUGUUCUUCCUGCUAGCAUUCUCAAACGCCAUGGAUCUAAUACCUUAGCCUUGUCACUCUGGGCUAUGGAUCAGAGUGGUGCUGCUGUUGAAGGCCUGGAGAUUAUCUCUGAUGGCUAUUUUUCCACAUCCCUUCCACUGCAGGAUUACCCUGCACCUGACUUCUCUCCCAUUGAAAAGGCUCUCCGGCCUGCUGAUCUUCAUAUCUCACCUAUGUGAUAGAAUUGUUGGAUGUAUCAAGAGAUCCUUAUGUGUUAACAAAUACAUUUGAUCCACU